AUGGGUAUCACAUCAAGUAAACCCGUUAGUGGUAGUAAUACUACAACCAAUAGUCCAACAAACCAAAAGGCUAUUUCAGAAAAGAAACAAAAGCCCAAGAGAACCAAUAAACGAAAUCUAUCGACAGACUCAAAAUCUUCAACAUGUUCUUCACCAACCAAUAACUAUUUAGCAGAUGAAUUAGUUGUAGACUUAAAUUCUAUGGAGAUUGAAGGAGCAGACUCUAUACAAUACAGCGGACAUAGUCAUAGUAGUAGUAUGACUAAUAGUAUGACUAAUAGUAUGAGAAAUAGUGCAAAUGAAAAACAAUUACAACAAAAACAACAACAACCACAACAACAACCACAACAACAACAACCACAACCACACCAAUCACAUGAUGAUUUAAAUAGUAGCGCACUAGACCAAGAUGACGGCGAAUUUAAUAAUAAUUUUGAAAAUGAAAGUGAAGUUGAAAGUAUUUCAUCCUCUUCCAUUAAUAAUAAUAAUACUAAUAAUAAUAGUAAUAAUAAUAAUAAUAAUAAUAAUAAUAAUAAUAAUAAUAAUAAUAAUAAUAAUAAUAUUCCUAGUAUUAGUAAUAUUAGUAAUAAUAAUAUAAAUAAUAAUAUAAAUAACAAUAAUAAUAAUAAUAGUUGUAAACAAAAAAAUAGUAAAAAUAAAAAAAAUAAAAAUAAAAAUAAUAAUAAUAAGAAUAGUUCAUCAUCAAAUGAAAGACCAUAUUCUAUUUCAUAUGAUAAUGAAGGAUCAACAACCAAAUCAAACUCAACCUUAUCAUUAUAUAGUAACAUUAGUAAUUUACAUAGCAUAACCAGCCAUUCGAUUCAAGAUGCCUCAAUCGUUUGUGAGAAUUGUAAUCACCAUAUGACAAAACCUAUUCAUCUAUUAUCAUUAUCAUUAGAGCCAACUAGUGCCGCCUCUUUAGAUAUUCAUAGAAAUGGUAACUUUAGUAUAACUUUGGCUUCAAAUUCCAGAUCCUCUUCACCCGCUACAAUUUUACAACAGAAUAAUAAACACUUUUUAAUAAAUAGUAAUAUAAAUAUUAUAAACACUUCAUUAAAUAAUAAUAAUAAAAAUAAGGAUGAAGACAAUGUGAAUAAUAAUAAUGGUAAUAAUAGUAACAAUAAUAAUAAUAUUAAUAAUAAUAAUGAUGAAGAUAAUGAUGAAGAUAAUGAUGAAAACAAUAAUAAUAAUAAUAAUAAUAAUAAUAAUAAUAAUAAUAAUAAUAAUAAUAAUAAUAAUAAUACAAGUAAUAAUGAUAUUCCGGAUCUAUCAUGGACAAAUUAUAAUAGCGAUAGUUUUAAUAACAAUAACAAUAAUAAUAAUAUUUUUAAUACAUUUUUAUCAAUUUCAUCACCAAUAUCGGAUCAACAAAAUACAUCACCACAAAUACAAGAAAUUAUUUCACCUUUACCAUCACCACCAACAGUACAACAAUCUGAUGUUAUUCAACAAACAACUACAACAUCACCAUCACCACUACCAUCACCACAAAAACAAAAACAACAACAACAAAGACCAUUACAAAAAUCAUCACCACCACCUACUACUAUAACAACAUCAACAACAACAACAACACAAUUUAAUAAUAAUAAUUUAGCAUCAUCAUUAGGAAGUACCUCUGACUUAUUUAAUAAAUCAUUAAUUAGUUCAUUUUUAAAUGGUCAAGGUAUUAGUAGUAUUAAUAAUAGUAAUCCAUUUGAAAAUAGUUAUAAAAAUCAAAUUAAUUCAAGUACCAAUAGUGGAACCAAUACAUUUUCCAAUACAAAUACAAAUAUAAAUACCACCAAUAGUUCAAAUACAAAUGUAGGAUAUGAUCAAUAUAGUUUUAAUUAUAGUAAUGGUAGUAAUAGUAAUAUUAAUAACUCUAAUAAUGGAUUGAAAAGCUUUUUAUCCAAUUCAAAUUCCUCCUUUUCUGCCCUUAAGAAUUGUUCAUAUGAUGCAAAGGAUAUGUCAUCAUUUACAAUCACCCUUUCAAAUUCAGAGUUAAAUACAAUGAUUGCAGAAUCUUUAAAUAGAUCUUCCGCUAGUAAUUCAAUAGUUAAAUCUUCAAAUACUGUACACACUACUAGUGGUGGAAAUAAUAGUUUAUGUAGUGAUGGUUAUAAUCAAAAUAUAAUUAGUGCCACUACAAAUACUAAUACCACCACUACUAAUUCUUCUUCAACAACAACUACAACAACAGCAACAACAACUACUGCUUCUACUACCAAUAAUAAUAUUAAUAAUAAUAAUAAUAAUUCUACAAGUACAACAAACUCUACUAAAGAUAUCACAUUUUUAGUUUGUGAUAAUCCUGAUUCAACUAAAGAAAAGAGUAACGUUUCAAAUACUUCAUCAAUAAUUUCCGCUUCAAAUUUAAAUAGACAUAUAACACCAAAUUCUCAUAUGAGACCUAGAGGUAGAUCAAUUUCUGAAUCUUUAAUUAUGUCACCAAUUAAUAAAGAAUCUUUAAAUGAUAUUCAAAGAGCAAUUGAAAGUGAAAAAAUAAAGAAAACUAAAUUUGAAGAAUUAAAAUCAAUAUUGGGCGAAAGAGAAUAUAUAAUUGAUAUAAAUGAUAUUCAAUUUAUACAAAAAGUUGGAGAAGGUGCAUUCAGUGAAGUUUGGGAAGGUUGGUGGAAAGGUAUUCAUGUUGCCAUAAAAAAGUUAAAGAUUAUAGGAGAUGAAGAACAAUUCAAAGAGAGAUUCAUUAGAGAGGUUCAAAAUUUGAAAAAAGGAAAUCAUCAAAACAUUGUCAUGUUUAUUGGUGCAUGUUAUAAACCAGCAUGUAUCAUAACAGAGUAUAUGGCAGGUGGUAGUCUUUACAAUAUACUUCAUAAUCCAAAUAGUUCCACUCCAAAAGUUAAAUAUUCUUUCCCAUUGGUUUUGAAAAUGGCAACCGACAUGGCAUUGGGCUUAUUACAUCUUCAUUCCAUCACCAUUGUGCAUCGUGAUUUAACCAGUCAAAACAUUCUAUUGGAUGAAUUGGGUAAUAUAAAGAUCUCUGAUUUUGGUUUAUCUCGUGAAAAGAGUAGAGAAGGUUCAAUGACAAUGACAAAUGGUGGCAUUUGCAAUCCAAGAUGGAGACCACCCGAAUUGACAAAGAAUUUAGGUCACUACUCGGAAAAGGUUGAUGUCUAUUGUUUCUCUCUAGUAGUUUGGGAAAUUUUAACUGGCGAAAUUCCUUUCUCUGAUUUAGAUGGAUCUCAAGCAUCCGCUCAAGUAGCUUAUGCUGGUUUAAGACCACCAAUACCAGAGUAUUGCGAUCCUGAAUUAAAAUUACUCUUAACUCAAUGUUGGGAGGCUGAUCCAAAUGAUAGACCUCCCUUUACCUAUAUAGUAAACAAAUUAAAAGAAAUCUCUUGGAAUAAUCCAAUUGGUUUCGUCUCUGAUCAAUUCUAUCAAUAUAGCGAACCUUCAACUCCAAGAUUAGCAUUAUCAAAUCAAUCUUCAAAUUCAAGUAGUAUUUCUUUAUCACCAACUAAAUUAUAA